UGAUCGGAUGCAUCGGAUUCCUUGCUGUGUGCGUGCGUGGAUGGAUGUACAUGCUAAGCGGAAUGGCUCACCAUCCAUCACUCGCUGAGACCUACGCCUCCUACCCCACCCACCAUCGAUUGAUUCCAAAGAAACCAGACGUCAUUACCCGACGGUCGAGAAUCGGAGCCUCGCGGAUCUCAGGUGCUGAUUACAAACAAAAACAAUCCGUCCCCAUGAAAUUUCAUGAUCCAAAGGGUGGCCCGACCGACGUCGAUGUCAACUCACAGUCAUCCAAAGGGUGGGUAGUUUGGUCAAUAUAAAUCCAACGAGGAGGUCCCUAUUCAUACUCAUCGGCCAAGCGAGAAAGGAUCCACGGUGGAAUACGCAAUUUCCUCGACAGAGGGCGAUAUGAGGCUACUGGAAUUCCCCUGCGGCCGGCGAGCCAUACGGCCGGAUAAGGAGGCGCCGGCAGCCAAGGAGUGCGAGGGCAAGCGCCGGAGGAGGGCGUCGGCGUGGCGGCCGUCGUUGGUCGUGAUCUCAGAGGACGCGGCGCUGAUGGGGGAUAAGGCGGUGCCCAAGGGUGGCGGCGGACCGCGGAAGGCGAAAGCCCAAGCGACGCGUAGGUUUGUUCCGCGGCCCUUCAAGGACGACCAUGGGCAGUAUGCGGUGGCUGCGGUUGUUCCCGCUUUUGCUCCGGCGGCCUUCAUUUUCUAAAGCUUCGCCCGCCAUGUACAUACAUAAUUAAUAACGGCGGCCUUCUUCAAGAUCUGCCUUGUACAUAUCAUCAUCUUUCUUUUUUUCAGUUAGAAAUCUCCCACAGUUGAUAAAACAGAUUUAUGAAACAUCAGAGAUCGAGGUGAUUGCCGCGCAA